AGUAAUUCCAAUUUCCAUCGAUUGUUGCGGCAAGUCGUCAACCACUGUGGCCUGUAAUCAGAAGAGAAGUCGUAAUUUGCGAGCCAGUGUGGCGAAUUUCCUACCAGAAAUUUACAAGAAAGUAGCAGUAUAUAGAUGUCUGACCCCAGCAGUAGACGUGUUGUCCUGGCGUACAGCGGGGGACUGGAUACGUCCUGCAUCCUGGUCUGGCUGAUAGAGCAGGGAUACGAAGUCAUUGCUUUCUGUGCUAACAUCGGGCAGGAUGAAGAUUUCGAGGCUGCAAAAGAAAAGGCACUAAAGCUUGGUGCAAAGCGGAUGGUAAUUCCUGAUGUACGUGCUGAGUUUGUAGAGGAAUUUAUAUGGCCAGCUAUCCAGGCUAACGCUGCCUAUGAGGACCGGUACCUCCUGGGCACCGCUCUGGCGAGGCCUUGUAUAGCCAGGGCUAUGAUCAAGGUUGCCGUUGAGGAGAAGGCGCAGUUUGUUUCCCAUGGGGCCACAGGCAAGGGCAACGAUCAGAUCAGAUUUGAGUUGGGGGCUUAUGCAUUGCACCCCACAAUUAAGGUUAUUUCUCCAUGGCGUCUGCCGGAAUUUUACAACCGCUUUCAGGGCAGAGCAGAUCUUUUUAAAUAUGCACAGGAACAUGGCAUUGCUCUGCCGGUAACCCCAAAAGCCCCGUGGAGCAUGGACGCUAAUUUAAUGCAUAUAAGCUACGAGUCGGGUGUUUUGGAGGAUCCAGCCAAACACGCCCCUCCGGGGAUUUACCAGAUGACUGUAGAUCCGGAACAAGCCCCCGAUCAGGCAGAGAAAAUCCUCAUCUCCUUUAAAAAUGGUUUGCCUGUUCAUGUUAAGAAUUUAGGAAACAGCACGGAAAAGAACAAACCACUUGAAAUUUUCUCUUACAUGAAUGAAUUAGGUGGAAAGCACUCCAUUGGAAGAAUAGACAUAGUAGAAAACAGGUUCAUUGGAAUGAAGUCUAGAGGUCUUUAUGAAACACCCGGUGGAACUAUUUUACUGGCUGCACAUAUGGACAUUGAGCUGUUUACCUUAGACAGGGAAGUACGGAAAAUAAAACGGAAUCUCGAUAUCGCCUUCUCAGAUCAAGUGUAUAAAGGGUUUUGGUUUAGUCCAGAGUGUGAGUACACGCGCGCCUGUAUUCAGGGGAGCCAAAAUCACGUGACCGGUAACGUCACUGUCAAACUGUACAAAGGAGGGGUGUACAUUCUAGGCCGGGAGUCACCAUUAUCUCUUUACAAUGCAGAACUCGUAAGUAUGGAUGUGCAAGGUGACUACGAACCAACAGAUGCAGGUGGUUUCAUCAAAAUCAAUGCAUUAAGAUUGCAGGAGUAUUGUCGUCUGCGGCAGAAUCAAACAACAGGGAAAUGAAAGUCAUCCUCUCAUACACGCAAUGAUGUCGAUAACUCUGUAAAGCAUCACUGCUGAAGAUUUAAUAGUGUUAGAUUUCUUUACAUCAAUGAUGUUCAUUUACUUUAGUGCGUUUCUUCCUCUGAUUGCUGUAUAUAUUCAUAAUUGGGGUACCUGUAAAUAGAAUAUCUACUUCAAAAAUGAUGAACUAUUACUGUGAUCUGUCAACAUUUGUUUUUAUUGCUUGAUUUUCGUAUAAAUAUAUAAAAUUUUAUAAAUAUGUAUAAAAACAUACAUCACAUGUUAUUCACUUGCACAUUCGUACUUUUCAAUCAAGCACGUGUCGGGCAACUAAAAUGAUAUUCUAGCAAUAAAAAGCAUCUUUACAGCGUUAAAAUUAAAUAAAUUAUUUCACCACCAUAACAGUGUCGAGCAGUUAUUCAAAAUAACUAUAAUGCUACAUCUGAAAGUGAUGGUCCCGUUUAUUACAAUAAAUUCCACUCAUCCAAUGUAGUCAUAGAAAUAUUGUAUCUGCAUACAAGUAUUUUCUGUACGUUUUAUAGAGGUUGCUUUCAUGCUUCACUAAGGCGCGGAUCCAAUGUCAGUCAUACCUGGGUUCCGGUGUUCUUUUCUGUCGCUUAUGCCUCUCAUAUUCUAGAAAAUAUAUUGAGGAAAAAUUAUGCAUAUUCAUUAAAUCAUUAGUUUUUAUCUAUGUUUUUCCUUGUUAAUUUAAAAUCAAGUACUUACCACCUAAUUAGAUAUUUGGAAAAACAUAUCAACUUGAUAGUUCAUUAUAUUGAAGAGAUAUUGAAAGCAAACAUAUUAGUGAGACAUUUUGGUGUUGUAAAAGGAAGUUCGUAAUAUAAUAUUGUCUAAUCAUCAGAAGGUAUGUGAUCUAGACCAAAGGACCUAUAAUUAUUUCGAAUGUUUUAUGAAAUAAAGCUUGAUAUCUUCCUUUUGGCCUUAGAAUCCUAAGGACGUGAAUGUUCUGCAUAUUAUUGAUAAGAAUUAUUCUCGUUUGUUACACAUAACUCUGCAAAAGAAA